AUGGCUGACUUACCAUUUGACAUAGACCUCGGACUGCAAGAUAGCCAUGUCUUGGUCACUGGUUCAAGCGGAGCCAUUGGCGCCGUGGUGGUGCAGGCCUUUCUUGCCGCAGGAGCCGUGGUAUCUGGGUUUGACAAGGUCGAACCAAGCAUGGAUGCUCCUCGCUUUCACCCGCUUGUGGUUGACAUCACUGACGAAGUCGCCCUGGCUCAAGCAUUUGCAGAUGCUCGAUCGAGAUUUGGGUUGAUCACUACUCUGAUAGCUGCAGCGGGCAUUGAUCUGAGCUACGCUCCGCGCCACUCUCUCGUCGACAUGCCCCUUACGGAAUGGAGAAGAAUAAUGAAUGUCAAUGUCGACGGCACAUUUCUUACUUGCCGUACGUGGCUCCGCGAAAUUCGAGAAUUUGUCAAACGCGAGAAGAACCUGUCGGCGAUAGUAUUUGGCAGCGAAGCCGGCAGAUUUGGUGUGCCUUCCUGUGCUCCUUAUGCAGCAUCCAAAUCCGCAAUACAGACUGGACUGGUCCUUUCCCUGGCCCAGGACGUGGUCAAUGUGCACCCGGAGAUACGAGUGAAUGCAAUCGCACCUGGUCCAGUCCAAACCCCACAAUAUCGCGAGGAGUGCGCAGUCGACCAACAAGUUAAGUGGAAGGAAGCAGAGGCAACCGUGGCUCUUCGCAAACCAGUUACAAUGCAAGCCGUUGCCAGAGCCUGCCUCUUUCUCGCAAGUGACAACUUCUCAUCCAACAUUACCGGACAGCUGUUGCCAAUAGAUUCAGGCAAGCAGGGAAACCUGUUUUGGUUGCCUGGCGGAGACCCAGCCUGA